AUGACUGACUCUGACCAAUCUCUUAAAGUUCUAGAAGAGCUUUUCAAGAACCUUUCUGUGGCUACUGCUGACAACCGUGUCGAAGCUGCCCAAGAGGUUGCUUCUUUCUUGAACGGUAACAUCAUCGAACAUGAUAUCCCAGAAAAGUUCUUUGAGGAGUUGGCUAAGGCUGUCAAGGACAAGAAGACUUCCGCUAACUUCUUGGAAGCCGUUGCCCACAUCGCUAACGAAGCUAACUUGUCUCCAUCCGUCGAGCCAUUCGUCAUCACUUUGGUCCCAGAAAUCUGCGCCAAGGCCGGUGACAAGGACAAGGAUGUCCAAGCUGUUGCUUCCAAGACUUUGGUCGCCAUCUCCAAGGCCAUCAACCCAGUCGCCAUCAAGGCUUACUUGCCUCACUUGACCAAGUCCUUGGAAACCACCAACAAGUGGCAAGAAAAGGUCUCCGUCUUGGCCGCCAUCUCCGCUCUUGUUGAUGCCGCUAAGGAACAAGUCGCCCUAAGAAUGCCUGAAUUGAUCCCAGUCUUGUCUGAAACCAUGUGGGACACCAAGAAGGAAGUCAAGGAGGCUGCUACCGCCACCAUGACCAAGGCCACCGAGACCGUCGACAACAAGGAUAUCGAGCGUUUCAUCCCUCAAUUGAUCUCCUGUAUCGCUGAUCCAAAGCAAGUCCCAGAAACCGUCCACUUGCUAGGUGCCACCACUUUCGUCGCUGAAGUCACCCCAGCUACUUUGUCCAUCAUGGUCCCAUUGUUGUCCAGAGGUCUAGCUGAAAGAGAAACCUCUAUCAAGCGUAAGGCUGCCGUCAUUAUCGACAACAUGUGUAAGUUGGUCGAAGACCCACAAGUCGUUGCUCCUUUCUUGGACAAGCUAUUGCCAGGUUUGAAGAACAACUACGCCACCAUUGCCGACCCAGAAGCUCGUGAAGUUACUUUGAGAGGUCUAAAGACCUUGAGAAGAGUCGGUAACGUUACCGAGGACGAUGUCUUGCCAGAAAUCUCCCACGCCGGUGACAUCGAAACCACUCUAGGUGUCAUCAACGAAUUGUUGAAGGGCGAAAACGUCGCUCCAAGAUUCAAGAUUGUCGUUGAAUACAUCGCCGCUAUGGCCGGUGACUUGAUCGACGAAAGAGUCAUUGACCAACAAGCUUGGUUCACUCACAUCACUCCAUACAUGACCAUCUUCAUGCAUGAAAGAAACGCCAAGGACGUCUUGGAUGAAUUCAGAAAGAGAGCCGUCGACAACAUCCCAGUUGGUCCAAACUUCGACGACGAAGAAGACGAAGGUGAAGACCUAUGUAACUGUGAGUUCUCCUUGGCUUACGGUGCUAAGAUCUUGUUGAACAAGACCCAAUUGAGACUAAAGAGAGGUAGAAGAUACGGUCUAUGUGGUCCAAACGGUGCUGGUAAGUCUACUUUGAUGAGAGCCAUCGCUAACGGUCAAGUCGACGGUUUCCCAACCCCAGAAGAAUGUAUGACUGUCUACGUCGAACACGACAUUGACGGUACCCACGCUGACACUUCUGUCUUGGACUUCGUCGUCUCCUCUGAAGUCGGUACCAAGGAAGCUAUCACCGCUAAGUUGGUUGAAUUCGGUUUCACUGAAGAAAUGAUCAACAUGCCAAUCUCCUCCUUGUCCGGUGGUUGGAAGAUGAAGUUGGCUCUAGCCAGAGCUGUCUUGAAGAACGCUGAUAUCCUAUUGUUGGAUGAACCAACUAACCAUUUGGAUACCGUCAACGUCGCUUGGUUGGUCAACUACCUAAACACCUGUGGUAUCACCUCCGUCAUUGUCUCCCACGACUCCGGUUUCUUGGACAAUGUCUGUCAAUACAUUAUCCACUACGAAGGUUUGAAGUUGAGAAAGUACAAGGGUAACUUGUCUGAAUUCGUCAAGAAGUGCCCAACUGCUCAAUCUUACUACGAACUAGGUGCCUCCGACUUGGAGUUCAAGUUCCCAGAACCAGGUUACCUAGAAGGUGUUAAGACCAAGCAAAAGGCUAUUGUCAAGGUCUCCAACAUGACCUUCCAAUACCCAGGUACUUCCAAGCCACAAAUCUCUGACAUCUCCUUCCAAUGUUCUUUGUCUUCAAGAAUUGCUGUCAUUGGUCCAAACGGUGCUGGUAAGUCUACCUUGAUUAACGUCUUGACCGGUGAAUUGCUACCAACCUCCGGUGAAGUCUACACUCACGAGAACUGUCGUAUCGCUUACAUUAAGCAACACGCUUUCGCUCACAUCGAAUCCCACUUGGACAAGACUCCAUCUGAAUAUAUCCAAUGGAGAUUCCAAACUGGUGAAGAUAGAGAAACCAUGGACAGAGCUAACAGACAAAUCAACGAAAACGAUGCUGAAGCUAUGAACAAGAUCUUCAAGAUCGAAGGUACCCCAAGAAGAAUUGCUGGUAUCCACGCUAGAAGAAAGUUCAAGAACACCUACGAGUACGAAUGUUCUUUCUUGUUGGGUGAAAACAUCGGUAUGAAGUCUGAAAGAUGGGUCCCAAUGAUGUCUGUUGACAACGCUUGGAUUCCAAGAGGUGAAUUGGUCGAAUCCCACUCCAAGAUGGUUGCUGAAGUUGAUAUGAAGGAAGCUUUGGCCUCCGGUCAAUUCCGUCCUUUGACCAGAAAGGAAAUUGAAGAGCACUGUGCUAUGUUGGGUCUAGACGCUGAAUUGGUCUCCCACUCCAGAAUCAGAGGUUUGUCUGGUGGUCAAAAGGUUAAGUUGGUCUUGGCUGCUUGUUCUUGGCAAAGACCUCACUUGAUCGUCUUGGAUGAACCUACUAACUAUUUGGACAGAGACUCCCUAGGUGCUUUGUCCAAGGCUUUGAAGGCUUUCGAAGGUGGUGUUAUUAUCAUUACUCACUCUGCUGAAUUCACCAAGAACUUGACUGAAGAAGUCUGGGCCGUCAAGGACGGUAAGAUGACUCCAUCCGGUCACAACUGGGUCAGCGGUCAAGGUGCUGGUCCAAGAAUCGAGAAGAAGGAAGACGAAGAAGACAAGUUCGAUGCUAUGGGUAACAAGAUUGCCGGUGGUAAGAAGAAGAAGAAGUUGUCUUCUGCUGAAUUGAGAAAGAAGAAGAAGGAGAGAAUGAAGAAGAAGAAGGAAUUGGGUGAUGCUUACGUUUCUUCCGAUGACGAAGAUUUCUAA